AAGAAAAGAAAAGAAAAAAAGAACAGAAAAAAACGAGUACUGCUGCCGGUGCCGGGGCGAGUAAAUACGGCAGAACUUAGGGUUUUGAGAAACCUCGGGGACGCAGAAAAUCAAAACGAAAGCUUUGCUUCGAUUCGUCCUCCUCCUACUCUGGACCUCUGUUCUUGGAUAUUGUCAACAAUAAUCUAAUAUGGGCGACAAUGGGGAUGAGCUCAAUGGCUACACCGUUAUUAAAGAAGGGGACGCCGAGAUACUUAUGCAUACCAGCAACAUCGUCUUCUUUAACAAAGCCCAGGUGAAUAACAGAGACAUGUCUAUUGCUGUUUUAAGGACAUUUGUUGAAAAACACAAAGAAGAAUAUGUCGCCAUUUCACGUGGAAAAGUAAAAUCUGAAACUAUAAUCAAUGAAGCCACCCCAUCUAGCUCACCAAUGAAGGAAACAAACACUGUUAAUGGUGAAGAGAAGAUUAUGGAUUUUGAUGUCACCUCAAAUGGGCUUCAUCGGGAGGAGGAUCAUGAUUCUGUGGAUGCAUUAGAUGACGUCUCAAAAAAGAUAUCUGUCAAAGGCUGUUGUGGAGUACCGAAAGCUCCCAAAGUUCUAGAGGCUUUGGCUGCUUCUGGAUUGAGGGCACUUCGCUAUGCUCUUGAAGUGGAUGGGCUUGGUCCAGUUAUUGCCCUAGACAAUGAUGAAGCAUCUAUCAAAGCUUGCAUGAGAAAUAUCAAAUUCAAUGGGUCCACCGCAUGUUCAAAGGUUGAAGCCUAUCAUGCAGAUGCACGAGUUUACAUGCUUACCAAUCAGAAAGAAUUUGAUGUGGUGGAUCUUGAUCCUUAUGGAUCGCCCUCAGUUUUUCUAGACUCAGCUGUACAAGCAAUCACAGAUGGUGGAAUUUUAAUGUGCACUGCCACUGACAUGGCUGUUUUAUGUGGUGGAAAUGGGGAGGUUUGCUAUUCCAAAUAUGGCUCUUAUCCUUUGAAAGGAAAAUACUGCCACGAGCUGGCUUUGAGAAUUCUUCUUGCUAGCAUUGAGAGCCAUGCUAACCGUUACAAACGUUACAUUGUUCCAAUUCUCUCUGUGCAAAUGGAUUUCUAUAUUCGUGUUUUUGUUCGCAUAUUCACCUCAGCAAGUGCAAUUAAAAACACGCCUCUUAAGCUCUCCUAUGUCUACCAGUGUGUUGGUUGCGAUUCUUUUCAUCUGCAAUGUGUUGGGAGGACUGUUUUUAAAAACAACAGUGUGAGGCAUGCACCCGGAUUUGGCCCCGUUGUUCCUCAAGUGUGCUCAGAUUGUGGUAAAAAGUUUAACAUGGGGGGACCAAUAUGGUCUGCUCCGAUGCAUGAUCAGGAAUGGGUCCUUUCUAUAUUGGAAAAUGCCAAAGCCAUGAAAGAACGAUAUCCUGCAUAUGGCAAAAUUUUUGCUGUUCUAACGGCUAUAUCGGAGGAAUUGCAUGACGUUCCUCUCUUUCUUAGUCUCCACAACUUGUGCGGCACUUUGAAAUGUACCUCACCCUCUGCUGAAAUGUUUAGAUCUGCAGUUUUCAAUGCUGGGUAUCGUAUUUCUGGAACCCACGUGAAUCCUCUUGGUUUAAAAACUGAUGCCCCAAUGGAAGUCAUUUGGGAUAUCAUGCGCUGCUGGGUCAAAAGCCAUCCAGUUAAAGCUCAACCACGAGAUCAACCCGGAUCAGUGAUUCUUUCCAAGGAACCUAGUCUCCAAGCAAAUUUUUCUCGUGCUUUUGCUUCUCUGAGCAAAGCUCAGGUGAAGAAGGUUGCAAGGUUUCUUCCAAAUCCUGAACGGCACUGGGGUCCUAAGGUAAGAGCAGGGAGACGGAUCUCAAGCAAGCAUGUCUCUCUAUUGGGUCCAGAGGCUAUAAAUAUAUUGGUUGGUAAUGACAAGGAAAAUGAGAUAAGAGAGCCGGCGCAUAACCAUGAAGAGCAGGAAGAUGGUGUUGAGUCUAAGCGACAGAAGACUAGCCAUGAAUAUUUUGAUCAAUGAUAAUAAAUUGAUCAGAGCAAUAUCUUCCAUAUGUAUUCAUGUUUGAUUUAUCAUUUUCUAAUUGAUUUUUAGCUUCACCAUCAAAUUUCGUUUUUGCGUGCGUUGUAUUUAUGGUCUUUAAUGGUGCCUGUGGGUCCAUUAUGAAUGGAUGUUAUGAGAAUAUUGUGGUGAAGUGAGAAGAAUAAUGACAAUUUUGUCUGUGUUAGUUGUGGAAUGUCCAUAACAUUUGGUGCUUUCAAUAAAAUAUGCAA